GACGGCACGAUGUAUAAAAGACACCGAAGUAAUCGAGAAUAGCAUCGCAGUUUUCGCAGCGAAGACAAUCACUUACACUAUCUUCACCAAAAUGAUGAUCAAAAUCUUCACCAUCGUCGGCGCUCUUUUCGUGGCUGCCUGUAACGCUGGAGUGGUACCAGCGAUUCCAGCGGCGGUACCCGCGGCUCUGACAGUCGGGACUUAUGCUACCAGCUACAACGCGCACGCUGUCAAUCAUGCCAUAGCCGCCCCAUACGUAGCGGCUGCACCCGCAGCCCUCGCAGCCGCUCCAGUGGGAUAUUCCGCCCUACCAGCCGCAUAUUCCGCCCUUCCGGCCGCGUAUUCCGCUCUGCCGGCCGCGUAUUCCGCUCUGCCGGCUGCGUAUUCCGCUCUUCCGGCUGCGUAUUCCGCCCCGAUUAUCGCCGGAAGACGCUGAAUAACGCUUUGACAAUCGCUGAAAACUAGACCAAACCGAGAUCUGUCAUUGCUGCAAUAUUUCUUUUUCCAUCGCUGAUUUUUUAAAUAUUAAAUAUUAAAAUAAUACAGUCUCCAUAGUUUCCAUUGA